UUGGCCACAGUCGCAACAGUUUGGCCAAAACAUCCGCACAUUUCAGUUCCUGUACGGCGUUGCACGUUGACGGUAUCGACGGCAUCUAAAGCGGAAUAAAGUUGGCGGCGAUUGCCAACAAGUGACGAUUUCGAAUACGAUUGGUAAAAGUGCUUUCUAACUAUUGUGGUCAACUGUGCUAACAAUAAUUCGAGAAGAGAAUUUAAUUUAUAAGUGUCCAAAAAAAAAACAAGUUAAAAAAAUAUUCUUUUAAAAUUGUGCUAUUAGCCAAUCGAAAAGAAAAUUUGUUUAAAAAUUCAACUUCACGAAGUCUCAUACGCGGCGUAUAUGUAAUAUUAAAAAUUAAUUUGAACGAGUACAAAAGUAAAUUGAUCGAAAAACAGAAGCCGAUUGUGUCAAAAACUUCCGGCGAUUCCGUGGCAUAAAAUGUUUGCCACCAAUAUCCGUUCGGUUGCCGUUGGAGUCGUCGUAGUGCCGUGAGCUCGUCCUGUCCAGUCCUGUCCGGUCCUGUCCUUUCCUGUUUAUUUCGCGGAUCCUGAUCCUGUACCCUUCAUUCAUUUCCGGUGCAUUUGCAAUUCGAAUCGACUCGAAUCGGCGCCCUUUUUGUGCGAUUGCGUUGCAUAUGCGUUGGCUAAUUAGCAUGCGGCAUUUGCAGCAAUCAGAGUAGAGCGCGCACAAUAGGAAUAUUAACGCGGAAUGGAAGAGGAUGUGUAUGCCUCGCUGGGUGCCUACAACGACAGCGGUGGACUGGAGGAGUGGAGCAGCUCGGAGCACCUGGUCCUGUGGGAGGAGGAGGAGAGUCCAGGCGGAAACGAAAGCCUUCGGCAUAAUCAACUGCUGCUGGCCGGGUGGAAUGUCAGUGGCGAUGGCAAUGCCACCACCAACCCCAUCGAGGAUGUCCCCUUCGAUGCCAACAACUACUGGGCUCUUUUGGCUCUCGUCCUCGUCCUGGGAACGGCGGCCGGGAACAUCCUUGUUUGCCUGGCCAUCGCCUGGGAGCGCCGGCUGCAGAAUGUGACCAACUACUUCCUCAUGUCGCUGGCCAUCACCGAUCUAAUGGUCGCCGUUCUGGUCAUGCCGCUGGGCAUCCUAACGCUGGUGAAAGGAUAUUUUCCCUUGGGCUCGGAGCACUGCCUGACCUGGAUUUGUCUGGAUGUCCUGUUCUGCACGGCCAGUAUCAUGCACCUGUGCACCAUCUCCGUGGACCGUUAUUUAUCGCUGCGCUACCCGAUGAGAUUUGGCCGGAAUAAAACCCGCCGGAGAGUGACUCUCAAAAUUGUUUUCGUGUGGCUUCUGAGCAUCGCCAUGAGCUUACCCCUGAGCUUAAUGUAUUCGAAGAAUCACGCCUCGGUGCUGGUGAAUGGAACUUGCCAGAUACCGGAUCCGGUAUACAAGCUGGUCGGCUCCAUUGUGUGCUUCUACAUUCCGCUGGGCGUGAUGCUGCUUACAUAUUGCCUAACCGUCCGCCUUUUGGCCCGGCAGCGUCAGAACCUGGGCGGUGGCCAGCAGACGGCAGCCGCCACCCCCGGAUGGGCCAGUGGCUGGCUAGGUCAGGCCCCGGCCUUGGAACGCCGAUGUACCUGGCGACGACUAUUGAAGCCGGGUCCCGGGAACGCCUCCUCAGUGCUGCACGCCCACUCAGCCAAUUCCACGGAUACAGAUCUCAGCACAUUGGACAACCACGAGCUCUGGCUGCCCGAUUCCAGCAUAAAGGAACCCACGCCUACGACGAUGACGGCUCUGCAUCAGUUUGGAGCCGAGAUGCUGAAGCUAUCCCGUGGCCUGGAGUCGGUGGCCUCCUCAUCCACCACGGGUUCGCCCACCAAAUCCGAAUUUUCAAUAUCGAAUCACCUGCAGCUGCAGUACCCGUGCAGUCCCCAGCGAUAUGCCCCCCACCAUCAGUCCCAUCAGUCCCACCAGCCACAUCAUCAUCAUCAUAAUAAUCAUCAUCACCAGCAGCAGCAGCAGCAGCAGCAGCAGCAGGGCAGCGUCUACCACCAGCAGACCUCACCCAAGGGUCGCCAGGGGACCACAGUCCUCGGUCUGUCCACCACCACGUUGGGCAUCGAGCGGGAGAGCACCCGGAACUCCUUGGCCAGCAGUCGCAUGGGUGGCGAACAGAGCGACGGGACUCUCUCGCAGCUUUCCCAGCGACUGAGGGCGUAUAAGAAGCGAAGGAGGGCCUCGUCGGCGGUGCCAGGACGGGAUCAACGCUCCGGCCACGACGAUGCCGACGAGGAUCUGGAUACUCCAACGUCGUCGCUGCGUCGUCACAAGCGUCAUAAUAGUCUGCCCAAGAAUGCGCUCUACCCGCGACACACCACCGUACAGGAGAGCCUCGACGAUGACGACGACGAGGCGGAGGAGGAGGAAGAGAGUGGGCCAUCGAAGACCAAGGCCUGCCACUCAGACACCGAGCUGGAUCCACCGCAGAAUGGAAAGCAGUGUCACAUCAAUGGCCAGAAUGGCCAUCAGACGGACUAUCUGCAGCUGCCCUCCGUUUGCACCUGUCCGUAUUUCGGGGACAGACCGCUCCAGAAUUGUGUGAAAACGGCCGAGGUGAAGAUUAUUUCAUCCGCCUUCCGGGUGACCACCACUACGACGUCCACGGCGGUGAGCAGUUCGCCCAGCGAAAUGGAGCUGCUCAUGUGUAGUGGUGGGAAUAAGAAGUCGCUGACCUCCAGUGUGAGUGCUGGCAUGACAGGUGGAUCAGGAGGAGGAGGAGGAGGAGCAGGACCUCCUCCCACAUGUGGCUCCACCCUUAGUCCACACUCAGCCCACAAUCAGGGCAGCUCCCUGACGAUGCAGAGCGAUGGCAGUGGUUAUUUGGCUGCCCCAGGAACACCCUGUCCCGGCAGGAGAAAGCUGAGCAUCUCGAAGACCGCCUCGGUGGUCACCUGGGAUUCCAGUCGUCAUCGCCGAAGGGGCAGCAGCUUCGGCGGCGUGCGAACUUCCCUGCUGCUGACCCCCACCAAAACAGGCAACUCCUCCAACUCAUCCACGCCCCUGAGAAGGUCGGCCACCCUGAGGAGUCAUCAGAACAUGAACUACCAGGGGGCGGGGGAUUGUGGGGGUGGUGGUGGCAAGGCCAGGACGACCACAUCCUCGCCCUGCAUGCUGCAGCGCCAGCAGACAGUGCGUUCGCAUCACUCGCGCAACUCCAGUGUGAUCUCGAGGAACUCCUCGCGGCACGGCAGGAUCAUCAGACUGGAGCAGAAGGCCACCAAGGUGCUGGGCGUGGUGUUCUUCACCUUCGUGAUCCUGUGGUCCCCGUUCUUCGUCCUUAAUCUGCUGCCCACCGUGUGUGCGGAGUGCGAGGAGAGGAUCAGCCAUUGGGUAUUCGAUGUGGUCACCUGGCUGGGCUAUGCCAGCUCCAUGGUGAACCCCAUCUUCUACACCAUCUUCAACAAGGUGUUUCGGCAGGCCUUCAAGAAGGUCCUGCUCUGCCGGUAUUCCAGCACGAGUGCCUGGCGACCGAGCAGAUAGCAGACGCCCGUCAAGCAGGGCAAACUCAAGACAAACCCACACAAGUGCACCAGUGUGGACUUUCAGGACUCCACCGCUCCAGUGCGGGGUGUCCUUAAAAGGAGUGUGGCGAUGGCAAGUGAUAUAUAAAUACAGAGACAAACAACCGGUCAUCAUUUCGAAUGCGGUCCACCGCACAACGUGUCGUAUACACAAUCUCGGUGGAAUGGAUUCCCUUUCACCAUUCGACACUACACGUGUGUCCCUGGGGCUUAAACGCUUAUGUGUCUCUAAUUAAUAUUAAAUUCAAUUUGCAUGCCAUUGAAAGCACAGAUGGCCAAGAAGUGGAUCGGCUUGGAGUCUCAUCCCCCGCUGGAUUGCCAAGGGUCUGGGCUUAAGUUUGAAGCAGACAACGGAAAUAACGAGCAUUGCGCGGUUACGAUUUCCUUUUGCUUUCGCCAGACGUUGAGUAUGCAAUUAAGUGCGGAAUGUUUGUUUUCGAAUAACAUAAUCUGGGCAAACACUUUAACUUUGUUGAGUGGUCGGUUAAACUCUAAUGCACGGUAAAUUCACACAUGGCACUCUCUAAUUAUUUCAAGAAAUUGUUUAGAUAUAUAAAGUAUUCAGAACUUUCUAGGUAGUUUUUGGUACUUCCUAAACUUUUUUUUUUUAAUUUCAAAGUAAAUUCAAAGUAAAUCUGCACAGUACACAAAUUUUCCAUUUCUUUGCGCCAAGCUCUUUAAAUUCUCCGAAAAAUAUGUCGCCUUUGCAAACUCCAAUCGAUAAACGCUGUUUCGUUUCGGCAUUUGGCAAUUAUGCAUUAAAUUUAUGGCAAAUUUCCCACCCGCAAAUGCACAAAGAAUUUCAUUGGGCUCCAUUAAAGCAACCGACACGUACACAAAUCCACGGCAAUUUGUGACUUUUGUUGUUUGUUCGUGUGGCUUGCCGUGGCUCUCGGCCCACUAGAUUGCUAUUUUUAUUUGAAAAGUUCAUUCAUUUUGUUUUAUUUCUGUGGCCAAAUGAAAAAUUUUAGCUGGUCACGUAAGAAUUUGACGGUCAGGAUGUGGAUGUCGAUGAGAAUCCCAGUGGCCAGGAGGUACAACAAAAUAAAGGAAAGUCGGAGCAGCUGGCCGAAGGACAUCAAACAACAAGAGCCCCACUGUAACAACGAAAGCCUGAUGAAAGUUUGCAAUGUGCUGGCAAGUUUUAAAGCCCCAGAUGAGCGGUUCGCUUUUGAAUGGGGGAUGGGCGGCAAAUGAUAGGUAAUGACGCCAUUAGUGGCAGCCACUCAAAGGAUCUGCCUGUCUCGAUGACACCUCACGAAACAGCCGGCAAAAUUUGUACAAUUUUUGCUGACAAAUUUUUAGCGCCCCCAUGCCAAAACUUUGCACAGCGGGGGCAACGUCAGCGGAAAGUGCUGAAAAUGCUGAAAACAGACAUAAGGAAACCCCCGUUGGCACUUGGAAAUUUAUAGCAAUUUUAUCGCCGGCGGAAAUAUUUUUUCCACUUCAUUGAAUCCUUGGUGGAGGCAGGUCGCGGCUGGGUCUCAAAGUGUCGCACUCGGGGAACUUCAUUGAACUUUAAUGGCAGGCCGUUGGGCAAACAACAAAGGCCGUCGGGGACCAGCUCCUAAGCCCCACUUCCGUUUCCUCUAUCACCGCUCCUUCCGCUGAGUCAAAAACCUAUGCUCGUUUGGAGCAAGAAAAUAAAAUAAUAAACUAACAGAAGAUUACUCUUGAAAAACUAAGGUUUUGCACAUUGCGAAUAUCAAAAGUGAAUAUCAGAAACAUUCUUAGAUUUUCUUUCUCAAAUGCACUUCUGCAUUUCCGGAAUUGUUGACUUUUCAAGGUAAUAUCCCAAAGAAGAAUACUUCAAUGUGUGAAUUUUUUCAAUUCCGAACAACAAAGUAGUAAUGUUGAAGCUCAAGUAUCAAUGUAAGAAACUUUUCUGUGACCAUAAACUUAAUCUCUCCUAGCUUUAUUGGUCUGAUUAAACAGUUGCAGUGCUUUUGAAGUCACUGAAUGGCUAAAACGUAAAUAAUAGUGGAAAAUACUCAAAACAUUUCAUUGCCUAAAGCAUAUAAGUCCUAUAAAACAUUUCACAAUAAUCGAAUUUAAAACAAACUCACAGCAAAUUAAUCAUAACUUGUAAUUGGUGUUUUGAAUGCUAAAUACUAACUGUUAAGACCAUAGUGUACUGUAUAUUGUAGAUUGAUCAUUGAUUUAUGAAUAAUUAUAAAUCAAGAGAGGGGAGCAUUGUGACAAAACGCUUUUACCAGUAGUCCUAGUUAUAAGGAGAUGCAAACUCCAUACCUAAACUGAUCUAUGGAAUAAGUACUAUAACUCUUGUAAAUAAUCAAGUUGUGUAUUAUUUGUGUUUAGCCUAAGGGAGUGAUUGUAGUCAAGGCUUCAAGAGCCCGACAAGCUUAUGCCCUGAUUAGAUUAUACCGAAGUGUAGCUUGAUCGGGAUGUUUUGUGAUUUGCAGACAGAUGGAACAUAUUUACGAUUGUAAAAAUAACUAUAACACACCUCCAAAAACAUGACAAUGGGUAACAAAAUGAGCAUUUUCUAAGUGGUCAAACUUAUGGUUUCCAUGCUGCGAAACUUUCGAAUUUCUAAAAGAAUUAAGAAAUAAAACCCGAAACCAAGCUCAAGUUGCUUGCGUGUUUUACAUAAAUGUUUAACCAUAAGAAGCUGAAUUAAUCAAAACUGCUUGCACCGAGAGAGAUAAAUACCAAAGAAAUAUAUCCAAAUAUCCCGAAAUGACAUAUCCCCCUAUAUAUGAGUGUGUAUUUUAUGAUAGUCCUAGCGAAUCCUUCCUAACCUAAGUCAAAGACACUGAAUCGUAGAUAAAGAAAUAUGUGAAACAUAUUAGCAAUAAUGUAUUAUGAUUUGUACAAAUGUUUUCUGAUUGUAUUUGA